UAACAGGGACGUAUACGCGUGGUGGCGUGGAAAACAAACAGCAGCUUAUUUAGCCGUUUAUUUUCCAUAACACAUGUGGUCAGUUUUGGAAAAUAAUAUUUUAUAAUAUUUGUAUUUAUAUUGGGUAAUUUUAAUUGGUUGCAUAUGCUUAUUCAUUUUAAUUAACCUGCAUCCGGAAGACGGAUAUAAUCUACAUUUUACGAGUGUCUUCAAUAUCGGUCUUUGACAUAGCCAAGAGAACUCAAGGAAAUACAGAAAGUACUGGUGGCAGCUAGCAAACGUAGCUAGCAUCGAGGUGUGGAAAGUGCGUGUGUGAACACUCAUCCGGCCUCAUCAGAAGCCGGGAGCUGGAGUUUGGGAGAACAGAAGUGUCGAUAUGGCGGUAAACUUGGACAAGGAAGCAUACUAUCGUCGAAUCAAGCGCUUAUAUGGCAACUGGAAGAAAGGAGAUGAUGAUUUUGGAAAGGUUGAUGCCAUCGUCGUCUCUGUUGGGGUUGACGAGGAGAUCGUCUAUGCCAAAUCGACUGCUUUACAAACAUGGCUCUUUGGUUACGAGCUAACGGACACCAUCAUGGUUUUCUGUGAGACAAAGAUUAUCUUUUUGGCCAGCAAAAAGAAACUCGAAUUCCUGAAACAGGUCCAGGUCACCAAGGGUAAUGAGAAUGCCAAUGGACUUCCUCCAAUCACACUGCUGGUCAGAGAGAAGAAUGAGAGCAACAAGGCCAACUUUGACAAAAUGAUUGAGGCCAUUCGUGGCAGUAAGGAGGGCAAGACUGUGGGUGUCUUCAGCAAGGACAAAUUCCCUGGCGAGUACAUGAAGAGUUGGAACGACACCAUCACAGCCGAGGGACUGGAGAAGGUUGACAUCAGUACUGUAGUGGCGUACACCAUGGCAGUGAAGGAGGAUGGCGAGUUGGCUCUGAUGAAGAAGGCAGCUGCGAUCACCAGUGAUGUCUUCUCCAAGUUCUUUAAGGAGCGCGUCAUGGAGAUCGUGGAUGCAGAUGAUAAAGUGCGUCACAGCAAGCUGGCGGAGUCUGUGGAGAAGGCGAUCGAAGAUAAGAAGUACCUUGGCGGUGUGGACCCCUCCACUGUAGAGAUGUGCUACCCGCCCAUCAUCCAGAGCGGAGGCAACUACAGUCUCAAGUUCAGCGUAGUUAGCGACAAGAACCACAUGCAUUUUGGGGCCAUCACCUGUGCCAUGGGCAUCCGUUACAAGUCGUACUGCUCCAACCUGGUGCGCACGCUCAUGGUGGACCCCACACAGGAGAUGCAGGAGAACUACAACUUCCUGCUGCAAGUGGAGGAGAACCUGCUCAAAGAGCUCAAACAUGGAGUGAAGCUGUGUGACGUCUACAAUACAGUGAUGGAGUUUGUCAAGAAAGAGAAGCCAGACCUAGUGAGCAAGCUCACCAAAAACCUGGGGUUUGCCAUGGGAAUUGAGUUUAGAGAAGGCUCUCUGGUCCUCAAUGCAAAGAACCAGUUCAAGCUGAAGAAAGGUAUGGUUCUCAGUGUGAGCCUGGGCUUUGCCGAUCUCCUCAAUAAGGAGGGCAAGAAGGAGGAGCAGAAGAAAUAUGCCCUUUUUGUUGGAGACAGUGUUCAGAUCAACGAGGAGGAUGCUGCUACUGUUCUUACUCCAGUGAAGAAGAAGAUAAAGAACAUUGGCAUCUUCCUCAAGGCUGACGAUGAGGAGGACGAGGAGGAAGACGUAGACGACGCCGAAGAACUUCUGGGCAAGGGCGCUCGUGCCAGCCUGCUUCCCGACAGGACCAGGGUACGUAAUGAGAUGACGGCAGAGGAGAAGAGGCGGGCUCACCAGCGGGAGCUGGCCGAGCAGGUCAACGAGGAGGCCAAGCGCCGUCUCACCGAGCAGAAGGGAGAGCAGCAGAUUCAGAAGGCCCGAAAGUCGAACGUAUCGUACAAGAACACGUCUCAGAUGCCGCGGGAGAAAGACAUCAGGGACAUGAAGAUCUUUAUCGACAAGAAGUACGAGACGGUGGUCAUGCCUGUUUUUGGCAUCGCGACGCCCUUUCACAUCGCCACCAUCAAGAACAUCAGCAUGUCCGUGGAGGGCGACUACACGUACCUGAGAAUAAACUUCUAUGUGCCAGGCAGCUCUCUCGGACGACAGGAGGGCAACAUCUUCCCCAACCCAGACGCCACCUUCGUCAAAGAGAUCACGUACCGCGCGUCCAACCUGAAGACCCCUGGCGACCCGUCGGUGCCCUCCACCAACUUGCAGAACGCCUUCCGCAUCAUCAAGGAGGUGCAGAAGCGCUACAAGACGCGCGAGGCCGAGGAGAAGGAGAAAGAGGGCAUCGUCAAACAGGACUCGCUGGUCAUCAACCUCAACCGCAGCAACCCCAAGCUCAAGGACCUCUACAUCCGGCCCAACAUCGCCCAGAAAAGGAUGCAGGGCUCGCUGGAGGCCCACACCAAUGGAUUCCGUUUUACAUCGGUACGUGGGGACAAAGUGGACAUCCUGUACAACAACAUCAAGCACGCAGUCUUCCAGCCCUGUGACGGAGAGAUGAUCAUUGUGUUGCACUUCCACCUAAAGAACGCCAUCAUGUUUGGCAAGAAGCGCCACACGGAUGUGCAGUUCUACACGGAGGUGGGCGAGAUCACCACGGAUCUGGGCAAGCACCAGCACAUGCACGACCGCGACGACCUGUACGCCGAGCAGCUGGAGCGCGAGAUGCGCCACAAGCUCAAGUCCGCCUUCAAGAACUUCAUCGAGAAGGUGGAGGCGCUCACCAAGGAGGAGCUUGAGUUUGAGGUGCCCUUCCGAGACCUCGGGUUCCAAGGUGCCCCCUACAGAAGCACUUGUCUCCUGCAACCCACAUCGAGUUCCCUCUGCAACACUACUGAGUGGCCUCCAUUUGUGGUCACUCUGGAUGAGGUGGAGCUUGUGCACUUUGAGCGUGUGCAGUUCCACUUGAAGAACUUUGACGUGGUCAUCGUGUACAAGGACUACACCAAGAAGGUCACCAUGAUCAACGCCGUCCCAGUCAACUCGCUGGACCCCAUUAAGGAGUGGCUCAACUCUUGUGACAUUAAAUACACAGAGGGGGUGCAGUCUCUCAACUGGACGAAGAUCAUGAAGACCAUUGUGGACGACCCGGAGGGCUUCUUUGAACAGGGUGGCUGGUCUUUCCUGGAGCCUGAAAGCGAGGGUAGUGGAGCGGAGGACGACUCUGAGUCCGAGAUGGAGGAUGAGACCUUCAACCCCUCCGCUGACGAAGAGGAGGAAGAGGAAGAGGACAGUGAUGAAGAUUACUCCUCCGAGACUGAGGACUCAGACUACAGCGCGUCUCUGGGCAGUGAGGAGGAGAGUGGCAAGGACUGGGACGAGCUGGAGGAAGAGGCCAGGAAAGCGGACAAAGAGAGUGUCUAUGAGGACGAGGAAACCGCCAACAGAGGCAAGAGGAAGGGUCGAUCGUCAGCUCCUCCACCUAGGCCACCUAGCAAGAAACGACGGCACUAGAUCUUUCUCUCUCUCACACACACACACACACACACACACACACACACACACACACACACACACACACACACACACACGAAAACACAC